CAAUGUGGCGGCUGGGUGCAAAUCAGAGCGAAGACGUCUUCGACGAGGAGGCGGAUGAAUUGCGGCUGUCCGCGAACGAGUGGAAUAUCUCUAUGGGGCAACGGCUAAAGGAAGGCUAUAGGGAUGGGCUAAAUGCUGGCCGAGAAUCCACCUUACAACGUGGUUUCAAUCAAGGUUACCAAGAGGGUGUGAAGAAAAUGUUAGUUCCAAGUCAAAUGAAAGGGCUUCUGAGUGCAUUGCUAUCAUGGUUUCAACUGAAUGGAAGUGAUCCUAAUCUCCUAGCCAAAGUAAACCAACUCCUUGGUGUUGCUGCUCAGCAAGAGGAGCUCAUUUUUAGAAAUCUGUGUGUAUCCCCCAAAGAAACCAGUGUCAGUGAUGUAAUGGAGUGCAUUGAAGACAUGGGUUUGGACACUCUGCCAAAGAAGCAACCAGAGGUGAGCAGCUGUAGUGAUGCUGCAAGUGAAAGCCAGGACUGUAGCAGUGAGACUGGAAAUCCUGACCCUGGAAUCAACAGUACUACUUUGUCACACAUGAGAAGUUGUAGGACUGCACCAGGAAUUGAAGCAGAAAUGGUUAAGCAGCUCUGUCGAGACUGUGCCCUCUUGUUGAAAGACUGUGAGCUGCCAUCAGAAAUAGCACUACAUUUCCAGCUGCAGCCUUGACUCUUUUCAAAAGAGUGUGUACUCGACAUUCUCCAGCAACUUUUUGGGGCUUUUAUAACUGGUUUAAUUAUCAAUGUUUGCUACUUCUAUGGGAAAUUUUAAAUAAAAUUUAAUAAAUUGUAAGGAUGAUUGUA